GCGAGUUUCCAACAGUCAUACAGGUAAACCUGUUCCCACAAUUCAGUUGACACGACGCCAUAUUUGUUUUGAUGCAGACAGGAGGAAACGUGUCACCCUAGUUCUAUUUGAUGACAGGUUGACUUUUUGUUGUAAAUGUUUGCAUCCACAAAUACAACAAUGACACGAAAUUCGGGGGCCAUUAAAACUGUUGCCAUAGUUCUCAUUUUGCUGGGAUGGCUGUAUACAAUGUAUAAAUACCAUGAAACCCGUGAGAAACUCGAAAACUCCAGGCUAGUGGGAGAAAGGGUCCGAAAAGAACAAGAAAAACUUUCCAACAAGCUACAAGACACCCUAACGGAGGCAGAAGAUCAUCGCCAGGCAUAUGAGAGAGAAAAGAGAGAGUAUGCAAACAGACUUAGUUCUCUACAACAGCAGCAUAAAAUGUUGCAGGCACAACAUCAGGACCUUGAGGCUGAAGUAUCAAAGGUACAGAGGGAGAAAGAUAAAGAAGUGGAAGAUCACCAGUCCCAGGAUCUACAGAGAACACAGGAAUAUGAACGACUCAAACAGGAAAAGGAACUAGAAAUCUCCAAUUUAAAAGAUGAGGUCGCGAAUUUGAAGCGGGAGAAGAGUAGCUUAGAUGAGCAGAUUAAGACAUUGAGUGCUCAGCUUCAAAGUUCUCAGCAACAAUUCCAAGCUCAGCUUCAAGAGUCUCAACAAAGAGUGAUCCAGUUACAACAAGCUGUUCAGCAGAAUCAACUUGCUAACCAACAAAAUCUGGCCAUUCAGGGACAAGGUCAACAACCUCUGGCCAAUCAGAGACUGGGUCAACCUGUAAAUUCAGCCAAUCAAGGAUUUGGAGCAGGCAAUGUGCCACAGAACCAGAAUUUUAUUAAUCAGUUUGCCCAGAACUCUGCUAACAAUCAAAUUCUUCCAAAUAAUAAUCAACAAGGGGAUGAUACAUUGAGAUUUAAAGGCCAAAAUAUUUUGGGCCAGCAGCAGAUUGGGAACCAGCAGCAGAUUGGGAACCAACAACAGAUUGGGAACCAGCAACAUGGAGCAAAUGCCAAUACAAUGAGUCCAGAAGAGAAAGCCAAGCUGAUUGAGCAAAACCAGCAGCAGCAUCAGGUCCAUCCCCCGAACGUAGAGCAGAACAAAGCUCAGCACGAGAAAGUUGACGAAAGCCAUGGCAGUCCUAUAAACAAGACAGCCCUGGAGCAGCGCAAGGAUCUGGAGGAACACCCAAACAUUCAGCCACCAGAAAUCCUUGACGCAGAGGAAGUCAAAUACGGUGAACAUAAAAAAGAGGAGAAACCAUCGAACAGUGCUGAUGUGAAACCCAAAUUAGGUGACCCAGUCUUACAAGUGUUGCCUCCAAAUGAAAAAUUACAGAAGCCGGAGGUGCAAGGUUUUAAUAUUCAGCCACCAGGGGGAGCUGAUGGUAAAAAUAAUGCGGAAUCUCAAAAAGAACAGAAUUUAUUGCCUCCAGGAAAGUGAUGAAGAAACUGCAGUCAGUGAAGUCUAUAGUAUGUAACGUUUACCAUGAGGGAUGAAUUUUAUCCAUACUUAACUGUACUUAGUGCUUUCACAUGUUAUCUAUAGCAGACAGGGAGAAAUCAGUGUGUUUUAGUGUCAGUAAUAUGUCUAAUUUGAUAGAUGUAUGUGUAACAGCUGACAAUAGCAAAUCUGUUAAAUCUUGAGUAAGGGAAUUCAGUUCUUUUAUUAUUCUUUCAACUCAAUCAACUGCCAGAGGAUUAUAAUUGAGCAAUUGCACAAUGUUUUCCAUACCUUUACCAAACUCAUUAUAGUCUUUGAUAGCAUAUUCUUAGCAACUAUUAGAUUGCUUGCUUUUUAGGUCACCUGAGUUAUUUUGCAUCUCUUACUUUGAGCAUUUUUAGCUUCUUCUCUGAAACUGUUGAACCAAUUUCAACCAAUUUUUUGUAUACUGUUCAGUAUCCUAAAAGGUAACAUAAUUUUUUAUGGUUUUUGCCCCACCCCUAAGGCCCUAAGGAGGCAUGGGACCAUGAUGACGUUCAUUGAGGUGAGAUCUGUAAUAUUCCAUUAUGUUUUUGAUUUUUAUUAAUUGAUCAUUGUAUAGGGUUGUAUUAUACUCAGAUGACCAUUAAUGCCCUUAGGCCUUUUAAUAAGAAAACUCUUAUUUUUGAUAAGUUCAUAAGAAUAUGAACCUCGACUUCUAGUACAUGCAGUCUUUAUGAAAAUGUUUGCCCGUUGAAAUAUUCUAAAUAUGCUAAUCGGAUGUACAACCAUUUGAUUAUUAAUGUGCUUCUAUCUUCAAGAUAAAGACUUUCUUUCCUUUUUCUUGGCUAUAUAAUUUAUAUAUAUAUAACCAAAUUGGGUUUGCUUUGCAACUGAAAAAUGUCUUCCAGUAUUCUCCCUGUUGUAUUGUUGUAUGUAUAUGCACCAGUUCCUGGUAAUAAAAUGAGAAAUUUUACUCUCUAUUUAGGAGAUAUUUGCUUUCUGUAAGAAAAAAAAACAUUGUCUCAUUAUCGAUACGUUCCAUGUGUGAUGAGGUGGGCUAGUUGUGGCUGUCCUCAGCUGUCUAAGUAAAUUUUAUCUCCCUGUCUUUCAUUUCUUCAGGGAAUGGUAUAUGAGGGUGCAUUAUGAUUUUAUCCUGAUAUGUAAUGUUGUUAAUGAUUUGAAUUACCAAUGAUAAUAAUGCUAGUCAUAGUUUAUGGUGAUUAUAUGGAUAUGUUUAUACUGAGUGAUUUUAAAAGUCCUCAAAUUAAUCUGGCAUAAAAUAUGAGUUAAAUUACCAGAUUGAUCACAAUAUUUCAAUUUACUGAAGGCUGUCAUUUAAUUACAGUGUACUCCGGUAAUAUUUUUUUUACAUUGUUGUAUGCAUGUAACUAUUAUGUAAAUAAAUAUUGCUUGAUAUAUGUACAAGAAAAACAUAUACUUAAGGUCUGGCUUUUACAAGUGAAAUUUAGCUAGAUUUAUAUUUUUAGUUUACCUUUUUCAGCAAAAAUACAUGUAUGCAUAAAAGAGUUCAGAAUAUGUAGCACAGUACUGUAUGUUUAAUAAUAACUGUUGCAUCUUCAUUUUUUUACACUCGGGUAACUAAAAGAAAAGUGUCUAUUACUUGAUCUCUUGUCAGAACUAUCAUAAAAAUGUGUACUUUAUUUUGUUUCUGUAUGAAGUAACAGUGUUUUUAGCCCAGUAUGUCUUUAUGCAUUGUUACUGUAUCAGCUUAAACAUUUGACUUCAUGCUGGUUUUUGUAUUUCCCAAAUAUACCUGAUUUUACUUCAUAAUGUUGUCUUUUUUGUUCAUUUAUAAGUGUUGAUCUAAUUUUGAGGUUAUGAACACUGACAGAGAAAAAAAUAAUUGAGACUUAAGAUAGUUGUUUGAUACAUACAAUGUAUACUUCUUGCAAAUUUACAGAGAUAUACAGUUGUUUAUUAUAUAAAAUAAUGGUCUAGCAUUUAUGUUCAAAGUCUAUUACCAACAAUUUAUUGAAAUGUUUUUAAUUUAUUUUAAAACUUCGAACUUUUGGGAACCUAUGAUAUAUGAAUACAUGUAAUUCAUUUGGUGGAUCUAUUUUGGGAUAAUAGAGUGGACAACUUCUAUGAUAUUUCAUAAGUUGUUGUUUUUAAAUGUUAACAUGGUUAUAAUGUUUUAAUUGUGGGAUUUUUUAAGUGGUCUUAAGCUAUGGAAAUACAUGUUAAAUAUAUAUUUAUAUACUUUAAAAAUAGUGAUUGUGUAUAUGAUAACAAUAUAUGUUUUGAAAUCUAUUAAACUAUAUUAAUACUA